AUGACCACCUCGGGACUUGACCAUUUGCCAGCCGAUCUUUUGAAUGUCUUGCCCUCAUACUCGCUGGCCAUCCAUCAACCCUUCGACCGUGCUAGACCAACACAGCUCAAACAGGGAGCUGUGCUGUAUCUGUUCGGCGCGGACCAUAUGAAACAGCAGAAUGCGCACCGUACAGGUAUAUACGAACACGGCGUGCGAAAGCUAGACCCCGGCCAACAGAACCCAUUAUCUGUCGUUGGGGACAAGGACUUCGUGUUCGAACAUCCAAUCCUUGUCAUUUCUCGACCCUGCAACGAACCAGGUGUCAUCCACUUCUGCUCUAUGACAUCCUUCGGGGGCAGAACGGUCCAAGAACAGUUCAAGGGCAAUCGACAGUUGGAAUCGCAGUUCUACCUUGCCCUACAGCGAGUACAUCCUAUCAUAACCCAUCUUACACUGAACUACGCUCGUGGAGCUAUAGCAAGGAAGUCCGGCUAUGUCCGAACCGAUACUGUAUACAGCGCGUCUAUCGCCAACGUUGUGCGCUUUCACAACGGGAAGAAACCUGAGGAUCAAAUGAACUCUGAUGCUUGGGACCUGGACGAGGCAUCUUUGAAUUGUGUACUGUGGUUUGUUCAGCAGCAUACUGGCUAUGUGCCGACGACACAGCACAAGCUCACAGAGAUGGAACAGCUGCAAAGCCACAACAUCUUUCUGGAGCAUGUACUGUGGGCUGUAAGACAACGAGAGCAAAUGACCAAAACGGCACUGAACAAAACCCAGCUCGAUCACAUAUUCGGUGGUGACGAUGAAGCUGCUGUUCCUUCUCCUACAGAAGCGCUUUACGACAUGACCGACGUUGAAGGACAACGUAUCACCGUGCGGCUACCACUUGCUUCUACCAGCGUUGUCGAGUAUGUCAGCUCAUCCCGCGAAAAUUCCUCUGCUCACGGAGGUGAGCGCUAUGUAAUCCCCAGACGCGGCCAGCACACGGCUGCGGCAGAUACGAUCAUGCCCGAUGCACGUACAGCCGAUGGGGCUGAGACUAAUGAGUCAAAACAUGCCACAGCGUCCACUAACGAUAGCCGUUUCGUUGCAGGACAUGUGGCUAGCAGUGCCCAUGCCGUCUCUACCACAGCCGCCGAGCCUCGAAGACCCGGAUCGUCCACGCUAGCUAGCUAUGACGAGAUCCUCGAGCCCAUACUCGCUGAGCAUGACGGUUCUUAUCUCGUACGCCUCGGAGCUCACUACACUGCGCUUUCCGGAGGAUUUCGAAUCCCACGAAGAGAAGAUUUCAUUGUUGACAACACCACGGUGGCAUUCAUGCCAAGAGCUAUGGGCGAAGUCAACAAGGAGCACCAGUACAAGGCCUUCAGCAACAUCAUUUACGCUGUGACAACACGGAGCGGCCAAUUGCCAUACAAUUUCACCCGGCCUUUAUGGAUGGUAAACGUGAGCUUUACGAUUGAACACUACUACGAACCUCACCGAAUGAAGGGCAAAUUGUUCCCGACAUCAGACAGUGAGAUGGUUGUCUUCAUUACAAGGAACCUCGCUGUAGAUGGGUCUUCGCUGGCAUUCGCAAUCCCUUCUUCAGGAAUUUCUUCUAUUGAUUGCUCAGGGAGCGACUAUGUUCUGCGCACUGACGGUAUCGACAUCUCAUUCAAGUUUGCUGGCAACAGAUCCGAAAAGGUUGCUACUAGUGUGAUCGGAGGACUGCAAGACAUGGUUGGAAGGUACUCACUGACUGGACCGAGGGAGGAAUAG